CCCACCCUGGGCGGCUGGAGGAAAAGGCCGGCCCCCCGCCCCGCCCCGCCAAAUUUAAGAGCCCUAGCCCAGCGCUUGGGCCGUUACUGACCGACGAGUCUCCCUCAUCGUGGGGUACUCCCCCUCGCCUCUCGCACUCCCCGCACGGCCGCCCACAGGCCCUGGCUCCGCUCCCUGGGCCCGAUCCGGCGGGGGCCGCGCCAUGCCCAGCCCCGUGCCGCGAGGCCGCCGGCCGCCCACUCCCCCCGGCGCUCGGGACCAGCCCCCGCUCUCUGGCGAUCCCCCUGCGCCCCAGCGCCGCCCGGCCGGCCCAGGCACACCCCGCGGUCCCGGGCGCCUCGAGUCGUCCUUCUCCGUCGAGGCCAUCCUGGCCAGGCCCGCCCGCCGCGCGCCCACCGCCUCCCCGCCGGCCGUUCCGCCCCGCGCCGCCGCGACGCUCGGCACCGCUCCCUCCCGGGGUCCUGCGACGUGGCUGUCCACCUACCUGGGCGUGGGUCUCCACCAGCCGUGCCCCCAGCCGCCGGGGCCGGGGCUCCGCGUGCCUCACUUCUGCUGCCUGCAGGGCCUGGGCGUCACAGGCUCUUUAGGCUUAGAGCUGACUCACUGCUCAGGCCUCUGGGGUACCCCAGACUGGGCUCCAACAGAGGAACUCCAGGACACUGAGAGACCCCAAAAGAGGGUUCGGACUAUGUUUAACUUGAAGCAGCUGGAAGAGUUGGAGAAUGUGUUUACAAAGCAGCACAAUCUUGUGGGGAAGAAGAGAGCUCAGCUGGCAGCCCAGCUCAACCUUACCGAGAACCAGGUGAGGGUCUGGUUCCAAAACCGCAGGGUCAAGUACCAGAAGCAGCAAAGGCUGAAGCUGCCUGUUGUGUCUGCCAUGGCUGCCUCCCAAGACGAACCCUCCAGCAGCUCUGACAACAGCAACCAGAGAGAAGACCCUGAGUCAGGAAUGGACAGCUGAGGACUGGGACAGAAGCUCAACCUGGGCUGUCUGGACUAGUUUUUCUUGGGGGCACUCACUGGAACUACUGAGCCUUUUUUCUUCAUCUGUAUAAUGGGUACAUUGACAACUUCAUCCUCCCAGCACUGACAGGAUGUCUGUAAACUUGUUACAGGGUGCCAGGCCCAAGCAAGUAUGUGGGGCAAUGUGUGGUGUUUACACCAGCACUGACCUCUCCACAGAUUAAUCUUUUCCUGGUCUGGCUAUGGAGAAGGGGCCUCCUUGAAUCAGUGUCUGGGCCUUAGAAGUCUCUUGCCCACCAGAGAUGGUGGAGUUGAGAGCAAAGGUGAGGGAAAGGUAAACCAUUUAGCCUACUUCCCUUCAAAGAGUUUCCCAAAGUUUUCUUGUUCUUGUCUGAACUGUCACCAUUUUCAGGAGCUCAGCCCCAGCUCCCUGCUUAGGACCAGACAUGCUACCCUGACCACCAUAUUUUUCCCUCUAGCUACCCAUCUUGCCCCCUCUCCAUCAUUACAUAAAAUAGAGCAGUUUGGUUCUGCCUUUGCCAAGGUAGGCAUUUUGUCACAAACUCUGCUGUAUUUCCAUGAGAUGGUUAUAAUUUCUCCCCCUUCAAGACCCUAACUCGUGGGGCGCCUGGAUGGCUCAGUGGGUUAAGCCUCUGCCUUGGGCUCAGGUUGUGAUCCCAGGGUCCUGGGAUCAAGCCCCGCAUCGGGCUCUCUGCUCAGCAAGGAGUCGGCUUCCUCCUCUCUCUCUGCCUGACUCUCCAUCUACUUGUGAUCUCUAUCUGUCAAACAAAUAAAAUCUUAAAAAAACAAAAAAAAAA